GUUAUGUAAUUUGUGCUAAAAUUUCAAAAUUUUAAUAUGUAAAUCAAUAAUGAAUUAAUAUAAGUUGUUUUCAGCUUUUUCUCAAAAGCAUGUCACGUAUGAGCAUUAACACCCGUGUGGAAAAAUGGAGCCAAGUGAGCUAAGCAUUUUAGCUUCAUAAAACAAACACACCGACGUCGUUAACUCUUCAUCUUCAUUUUUUUCUGUAACUUCUCCCAUAUUUUUUCUUCCCAAAAAUAUACUAUAAAAAUGAGAACACUUCUUCUAACGAUUUUGAUCUUCUUCUUCACAGUGAAUCCAAUCUCAGCAAAAUUCUACACUAACGUCUCUUCAAUCCCACCGUUACAAUUCCUAAACGCAACGCAAAACGCAUGGGAAACAUUCUCCAAACUCGCCGGUUGUCACAUCGGAGAAAAUAUCAACGGCCUCUCAAAACUCAAACAAUACUUUCGCCGUUUCGGUUAUAUCACCACCACCGGUAAUUGCACUGACGAUUUCGAUGACGUGCUUCAAUCAGCGAUCAACACUUACCAGAAAAAUUUCAAUCUCAAAGUCACCGGAAAACUCGAUUCCUCGACUCUCCGGCAAAUCGUUAAACCGAGAUGCGGGAAUCCGGAUUUGAUCGACGGGGUUUCGGAGAUGAACGGUGGUAAGAUACUCCGUACGACUGAGAAAUACUCGUUUUUCCCCGGGAAGCCACGGUGGCCGAAACGGAAACGAGAUCUGACUUAUGCGUUUGCGCCGCAGAAUAAUUUAACAGACGAGGUUAAACGCGUGUUCUCACGCGCCUUCACGCGUUGGGCGGAGGUGACUCCGUUGAAUUUCACGCGCUCUGAGUCUAUCCUCCGUGCGGAUAUAGUGAUCGGAUUUUUCUCCGGUGAACAUGGUGAUGGAGAGCCGUUUGAUGGAGCUAUGGGAACAUUAGCGCAUGCUUCUUCGCCUCCUACGGGGAUGUUACAUUUAGACGGUGAUGAGGAUUGGUUGAUCUCUAACGGUGAAAUUAGUCGUCGGAUAUUACCGGUGACGACGGUGGUGGAUCUUGAAUCGGUGGCUGUUCAUGAGAUUGGUCAUCUUUUAGGGCUAGGUCAUUCGUCGGUGGAAGAUGCGAUUAUGUUUCCGGCGAUUUCUGGUGGAGAUCGGAAAGUGGAGUUAGCUAAGGAUGAUAUCGAAGGGAUUCAGCAUUUGUACGGUGGUAAUCCGAAUGGAGACGGUGGUGGUUCGAAACCUAGCCGUGAGAGUCAAUCUACCGGUGGUGAUAGCGUUCGUCGGUGGAGAGGGUGGAUGAUUAGCUUAUCAUCGAUUGCCACGUGUAUAUUCUUGAUUUCUGUUUAGUGUAGGUUUUAUUUAUACUUUUAUUCCAUCUUAUUUUGGGGUCAAUUAAUCGAUUUGUUUUUGUUUUUCUUCUAAAAGUAACGAUUCUAUGUUAUCGAUGGAAAAGUAACGAUUUGGGGUCAUGGUCUCAUGGAAAUGAGAGAAAUUGUAAAAUUCUUCAUAUAUUGGAUUUUGGUGUUUAUUAAUGCAUAUUAAAUUUAAUGUCAGAAAAAACUUCGUUAGAACAAAAUGUUGUCGUAAAAUAUGAU